UCGGGGAAGUGGGGGGGGGGAGAGAAGGGGGGUUUCUUGCUCUUUCAAGGCCCGACGGACAGCUGCUGUUGGUCGCGUUUGCUUUGAAAUACACAAAUUGUCUGUGCCAUUCAAUCCAAAUUAUGGGAUUAUUUGAUAAAUUGGCAUGUUGGCUUGGUCUGAAAAAGAAAGAAGUUCAUGUUCUAUGCCUUGGAUUAGACAACAGUGGUAAAACAACAAUUAUCAACAAGUUAAAACCAUAUAAUGCUCAAGUUCAAGAUAUUGUUCCUACAAUAGGAUUCAGUAUAGAGAAUUUCAAAACAUCGAGUUUAUCAUUUACUGUGUUUGAUAUGUCAGGUCAAGGUAGAUACAGAAAUCUCUGGGAACAUUAUUAUGGAGAUUGUCAGGCCAUUAUUUUUGUCAUUGAUAGCAGUGACAUACUAAGAAUGGUUGUGGCCAAGGAAGAACUUGACACUCUCUUGGCUCAUCCAGAUCUUAAACACCGCCGAAUACCAAUUUUGUUUUUUGCAAACAAGAUGGAUCUUAGAGAUGCUGUAUCCUCUGUUAAAGUCUCUCAUUUACUGACAUUAGAGAACAUCAAAGACAAGCCAUGGCAGAUCUGUGCUAGUGAUGCUCUUAAAGGAGAAGGAUUGCAAGAAGGUGUGGACUGGCUACAAGAUCAGAUCCAAAUAAUGAAGACAUGAAAAGCUAAUAUGCUAAUGGAAAUAUUAAAUAUAAUUUAUAGAUACUGAAGGCCUCGGAGACAAAAACUUUAGGCCUGUGUGUUUUCUUGUGUUGGUUUUUAUAAAAGCCUUUAAAAAUAAAAUGGUAUUUUUGCUAAUAGUUUAUAAUACCCAUAAUGUGACCAGAGAUUUAACUGUAAUCAAAUAAAAUGAUGAAGUAAUUGUAUACUAUUCAAAACCCUUUGGUAUAUUUUUGUUUGAUUUUUAGUUAGAACUUAGGGGAAAGCAUGAUAUCUUAACAAAAAUGAUUUCUGAAAAGCUUUGCAUAGUGUCUUACAUUCAGAACUUCACACUGGCCAUGUCUCUUCCUGAACUAAAAUUAGGUUUCAAUUUAAUAAUCAUAAGAAAGAAAGAAAAAUGCUGUAAAACUUAAACUAGCAUACUUCUUUUCUUUUAAACUUUUUUUCCUGCAGCUGGGAAGACUACUUUUGUCCCCUUUCUUCCCCAUCCAUUGUUUUUUUUCAUCAUGUUGUAUUGUCUAGCCCAUAGAUCAUGGUUUACCCUAUGUACAAAAUAACUUCAAACCAUAGUUUUAAAUUUGAGUUUAUAAACCUGUUUUAUAUAACAAACUAUUGAGAAAGAGAAUAAAUAAGGGUUAAGAAAAAAUGCAACUAAAGUUAUUUUUCAAGACAGGUAAUAGAAGAUAACAUAUAUACAAGCACCAAGCUAGACUGUUUUUCUCUAAGCAAAACAAGUGGGUUGUUGUUGUUGUUGUUAUAAUUUUUGGUGAGAUUCACAGCCUUUGGGGC